GGCCGGUGUUUCCGGGUUUCAGCACUUAGUCACAGGGCAGCGCUUAGAUAUGGUUGUUCUGAAGGGCAUUCCCUCUGUUUUGUCACCGGAGCUGCUCUAUACACUGGCUCGCAUGGGACACGGGGAUGAAAUCGUUCUUGCAGAUGCAAAUUUCCCAGUGUCCUCAAUAAGCCGUUCUGGGCCAGAACUUAUUCGAGCAGAUGGUUUAGGAAUUCCUAGACUUUUGGAGGCCAUUUUGCAGCUUUUCCCAAUGGAUACCUAUGUUCCUGAACCUGCAGCUGUAAUGGACCUUGUGGACAGUGAUAAAGAGAAAGGCCUGACGGUACCAGUGUGGGAUGAGUACAAGAGACUGCUGUGCAAAGCUGGAUGUGAGGCUCCCCUUAAAAAAGUGGAAAGAUUUUCAUUUUACGAAAGAGCAAAGAAUGCUUUUGCUGUUGUGGCCACUGGGGAAACGGCUCUCUAUGGAAACCUAAUCUUAAAGAAAGGUGUUAUUAGCCAGGGGGAUCUGGUUUGAUGAUGCUUAUAGAUAACACCAUUCUUAUAUCUGAAGUAUCUGUAUGUGUAACCUUGU